ACGGCGGCCACCUCUCCGCUGCCCGGCCCAGCCAGCGCCGCGAGGUUCCAACUUUCCAACUUCUGACCCGAAAAGAUUGCCCCUUCGGGUAGGAGGAGACGGGGAGCUCUAUCGUGUCGUUCGCUUGAAAGCCAUCCGUAGAAAAGGCACUCUGGUUCCACAUGUCGCCCGGACGUAUGCUUUCAUGAAGAUUGCAUUUCUCUGAUACUACUCAUACAUUUCUCGUUUUAAAAAUACAAAGUGCUUUUGGGGACAUGCUGAAAGGUAACUGAAGGCGGCCAAGAAAAACCUCCGGUUGUCAUGGCUGAAGGAGAGCAUGAAGUGAGAUGGGAUGGGCUGUGCAGCAGAGAUUCAGCGGCCAGAGAGACAGCCCUGGAAAACAUUCGGCAAGUCAUUUUGAGAAAAACCGAGUGUCUUCGUUCGGCGAAAGAGACACCUGACCGCCCAUCGGACGGGCUUUCAGAUGCUGGCUCGUUGGAUGGGUUGAAUAAGCUUCUUGCUCAUCUGCUUAUGCUUUCUAAGAGGUGUCCCUUUGAAGAUGUCAGAGAGAAAAGCGAGUUUAUUUUGAAGAGCAUCCAGGAACUUGGAAUUAGAAUUCCUCGACCACUAGGACAUGGACCAAGCAGAUUUAUCCCAGAAAAGGAGAUUCUUCAGGUGGGGAGUGAAGACGCACAAAUGCAUGCUUUAUUUGCAGAUUCUUUUGCUGCUUUGGGUCGUUUGGAUAACAUUACAUUAGUGAUGGUUUUUCACCCACAGUAUUUAGAAAGUUUCUUAAAAACUCAACACUAUCUACUGCAAAUGGAUGGGCCAUUACCCCUGCAUUACCGGCACUACAUUGGAAUAAUGGCUGCAGCAAGACAUCAGUGCUCCUACUUAGUGAACCUCCAUGUAAAUGAUUUCCUUCAUGUUGGUGGGGACUCCAAGUGGCUUAAUGGCUUAGAGAAUGCUCCUCAAAAACUACAAAAUUUAGGAGAACUUAACAAAUUGUUAGCCCACAGACCUUGGCUUAUUACUAAAGAACACAUUGAGCAACUUUUAAAAGCUGAAGAGCACAGCUGGUCCCUUGCAGAACUGGUACAUGCAGUAGUUCUACUCACACACUAUCAUUCUCUUGCCUCGUUCACAUUUGGCUGUGGAAUCAGUCCAGAAAUUCAUUGUGAUGGUGGCCACACAUUCAGACCUCCUUCUGUUAAUAACUACUGCAUCUGUGACAUUACGAAUGGCAAUCACAGUGUGGAAGAGAAUCAGGUCAACUCAGCAGGAAAUGUUUCGAUAAGUGAUUCCUUCUUUGAGGUCGAAGCCCUCAUGGAAAAGAUGAGGCAAUUACAGGAAUGUCGAGAUGAAGAAGAGGCAAGUCAGGAAGAGAUGGCCUCACGUUUUGAAAUAGAAAAAAGAGAGAGCAUGUUUGUCUUCUCUUCAGAUGAUGAUGAAGUUACACCAGCAAGAGAGAUAUCUCGUCACUUUGAGGAUACUAGUUACGGCUAUAAGGAUUUCUCUAGACAUGGGAUGCACGUUCCAACAUUUCGAGUCCAGGACUAUUGCUGGGAAGACCAUGGUUAUUCUUUGGUAAAUCGCCUUUAUCCAGAUGUGGGACAGUUGAUUGAUGAAAAAUUUCACAUUGCUUACAAUCUUACUUAUAAUACAAUGGCAAUGCACAAAGAUGUUGAUACCUCAAUGCUCAGACGGGCUAUUUGGAACUAUAUUCACUGCAUGUUUGGAAUAAGAUAUGAUGACUAUGACUAUGGUGAAAUUAACCAGCUAUUGGAUCGUAGCUUUAAAGUUUAUAUCAAAACUAUUGUUUGCACUCCUGAAAAGGUUACAAAAAGAAUGUAUGAUAGCUUCUGGAGGCAGUUCAAGCACUCCGAGAAGGUUCAUGUUAAUCUGCUUCUUAUAGAAGCUAGGAUGCAAGCCGAACUCCUUUAUGCUCUGAGAGCCAUUACGCGCUAUAUGACCUGAUGCCUUUCCUCCAUUAAAGAUGAUGGAAUAAUCAACAGAUAUAGUCUACGAGGGGAAGGUUCUAAGCCCCAGGACCAAUAGUAGAUAAAAGAAUUCAGAAAUACAUUGUGCCAUGAUUCCUUUAGUUUCUGCUGUUUUCCUGUGGAAAUACCACUGUUGGCACGAGCAGUGACUGUUUGGCAGCUUCAAGGUUAGAGCUGUGAAGAAGGGUUGCCGUUCACAGUAUUUUGCUUUUUGAAGUUCAAGAUGCUGUAUAACUGUUUUUAAUACAGCAAAUAGUAACUCUCCAAAUCCUGUUGCUUUUAUGUUUUAAAUAAGAUAACAAGAAUUGGAGCAUGCAAAGAAUGGGACUUGGAAAAUGACAUAAGCCUUUUUACACAAAGAAUUUUAGGUCUUGGUGCU